ACAACUUUCCCGGCAUGCAUUGUAAAUCAUAAUUUUCGUUCCAAACCAUGCAUGAGGAUUGACGAAAGGUUCGCGAACUCUGAUAAAAAAAAACUUACGAAAACUUCCCUUACAUCGCUAGCAUCAAUGCGGAUGGGCAGUCCUAAGAAAAAGGCAAAGAUGUCCAGCAACAGCCCGAGCAGAACACAAACAAUCCGACAGUCCAGUGAUCUUUACCUCUUCUUGGCCAAUAACUGGAAUAGCCUUGACCUUCAGAAGACAGCAAUGCCUCUCCUACACUUUGCUAAUCAGUACCCGGGCACUGCGUUAUUUUUGGGUAUUGUGUCUGGACUGUCAGUGCUACCAUUGGUACUUUUCAUGACUUUUGUGUGCACAACACUGAUGUUCACCAUUCUUGGGUUCAUAAUGGUGGAAGGAACAUUAAUUUCCAUUGCCUGUUGCUUUCUGGCUGUUACACUGUUUUGUGUCACUUGCAUCUCAUUGUUUUGUACCACUUGCCUGUUGUUUCUAUGGCUUGUUCUCUCUGCAAGUGGGAAUGUCAUAGAGAAGAUAAAGCAAGCCCUCAAGGUGUCUGUACCAGACCUGAGAAAUCAACAAAUUCUUCAGGGUCAUCAGCCAAAAUAUGAACUGCAAGCAUAUUGGAAAGUGGAGUGAAAUAAUAAAUGAAGACACAACAACACCUUGAAUUAAUACAAGGAGCUGAUUGGCUAAGGGACUGACAAGAACAAUAGUAUCUGAUAAUGGCUGGUAACAAUUGCACAGGGCCUAGUUUUCACUCUGCACAAUGCAAACAAACUACUUGAUGUGGCUAAUAAAAAUGAAAGGCAUAAAAAUAAGACUAAUACUAAUGGUUCAAGGUAUUUGUUCUCUAAUAAUUAGCCUAUUAGCCGGCUAUCCAAGUGGGUUAAUUUGGACACAGGCUAUUUCAUUAUGAAAUUUUCACAGUUUAGAAAAGGACAAAACACUAGAGUAUUUCAGUUCUUUAUUUUCGUUUGUAGAUUUCCAUUUGUAACUAUGUCUUUAUUUGGUUUAGAUUGGCUCACCAACUUUUAGUCUCAAAGUAACUAAUAAAUCAUAGUUAUAUGAACCCUA